CGCCAACCCCAACACCGACAACCACUUUGCGACGGAAGACAUCUACAAGUCUUCUGGUAUAACGCAAUCAUGGGUAUCUCUCGCGACUCUCGCCACAAACGCUCCGCCUCCGGUGCGAAGAGGGCAUACUACCGCAAGAAGAGGGCUUUCGAGAAGGGUCGCCAGCCUGCCAAUACCCGUAUUGGUGCUAAGCGUAUCCACCUUGUCCGCACUCGUGGCGGCAACCGCAAAUUCCGCGCUCUCCGUCUCGAUUCGGGCAACUUCUCAUGGGGAUCUGAGGGAAUCGCUAAGAAGACCCGUGUGAUUGUUGUCGUCUAUCACCCGUCCAACAACGAACUCGUCCGCACGAAUACACUUACCAAGGCCGCCGUUGUGCAGAUCGACGCUGCCCCCUUCCGGCAAUGGUAUGAGGCACACUACGGCUCAUCUCUAGGACGCAGGAGGCAAGUCAAGGGAACCGAGAAGGAAGAAGACAAGAAGAAGUCCAAGAGCGUGGAGAAAAAGCAGGCCGAUCGCCUCAAGGUCUCCGGGAAGGUAGAGAGCGCACUUGAGAAACAGUUCGAGGCCGGCCGUCUGUACGCGGUCGUCGCCUCCCGGCCUGGUCAGAGCGGUCGUUGCGAUGGAUACAUCCUUGAGGGUGAGGAGCUUUCCUUCUACCAGCGUCUUCUCAGGAAGUAGAGUGGUUUUUGGCGGUUCUAUGGCGCAUCAGUCAGUUCAAAACGGGCGUUCAUUCAUGUAUCUGGUCAGCAUAGCCACACAGACAUGAAUGAACCAGGCAGAUAAUGCCAUUUCUCUAGAUACCACUAGCAACUAUG